GUUAGAAGCAGAAUGAAACAACAUGUCCCAAACGGUUGUAGAGUUGCACUGGUUCCCGAAGUACUCGGAUCGAUUUUUGACCGCGGCUAGUUCCGAAAUCAAUUUGUAUCAGGUGAAAAACGACAUCAUAGAUCAUGGUGAAAAAUCAAACAUCAAUUUGGACAUCUCCAAAUCAACCACUGCCACACUGAUUGCUUUCGAGACGCGUUAUCAGUUCGUGCGUACUGUUGCACCAUCGUACCAUGGUGGCGGAGAGAUCAAUUUCGCUGCCGGCCUACCGAACGGGAAGGUUGCAUUAUGUAACUUUGUCACCGAAAACAAUGUCGAGUUCACACCGAGAAUAUCACGAGCCUGUACGUGUAUCGCAUGGAGCGAGCUGGAACCGAAUUUCCUAGCGAUGGGACACGACCGUAACAGGUCGGAUAAUUGCAUCACAAUCUGGGACACGGAACGCGGUGUUCCAAAUCAAUCAUCGAUCGUAAAUAUGAUCGGAUUGUCAGAAACAGCUCACUCUGUCUGUUGGGAUAAAACGUUCCCACAGGUGCUGAUAGCGGGCAUGAGCCACAAGUACAUCAAGAUGAUGGACUUAAGGCAAAAUCCGGUCAUCACAACGGUGGCAAACACACGCACCGUAAAUGGUGUCUGUGUUGCUCCAAACGGUCGCUAUUUGGCAAGUUAUGUCGAGAACAUUAUCAACCUGUGGGAUCUCCGUUCACUGGAAAAGCCGAUCAGCCAAAUACAGAUGCAGAAGAGCAUAAGCCAACUGUCCUGGUGCCCGACACGUUCGUCCGUACUGUCGACACUUCAGCGUGAUUCACCGCUGAUAAAUCUAAUCGAUUUACAUUGGCCCGGAUCGGAGAUGGACGGUGGUGAACCACAUUCGGUAAAAAGGUUUGUUUCUCCAUUUCAAACGACAGCUAGCAUGCUGAUGACGAGCCGUGUACCAUCGAUGGCGUAUCUUUCCUGGCAUCCGUAUGACUUAGAGCGUAUGUUGGCACUGUCGAGUGUAGGGAAUAUAUGUGAUUACCGAAUUCCCCAGCGGGUGGCUGUAUCCUGGGAUAACAACAAUAAUUUAUUUGGUAACAAUGGUAACGAUUUAAGACAAUUUGCCACGCCAACUCGCUCCUCUACGCCGACCGACUCACUGAACCAGUGGAACAUCGAUAGCAGUGAGGAAGAUAUUGCUGAAACAAUGCAGCAUAGGGCCUUGAAGAACUAUGGACUAAUGGCGGAUCUCCAGAGAAAUGGUGAUCUGGUCGAAAAGAACGAUGGAUUGCAAUCGGUAUGGCGAAUGCUAGGGCACAUGGUAAAGGAAGAUAACAAGCAGGGAUUGAAAGAGAUUCUCGGCGUAAGCAAUGCCCUAGAAGGUCCACCAAUGUCACAGUCCGAGCCAGUCAACACGAAAUGGGUCGAUUUUAGUAUGUGCAGUGGGUUGGUUGUGUAUCGUAGCGAACAGCGUGACAUCGCUCAGCUGCUCUGUGGUUGGACCUUUGAGCGUGAGAAGGAAACCUCAUUCACUGCCUUUCUGGACGAACUGUGCGCUAAACGGGAAUACACCAGAGCUGCCCUGUUGGCAUGCUUUCACUUCCGUGUACGACUGGCGAUCGAUAUUUUGGGCCGCGGAGCUGAUCAAGCAUCAGAUCCGAGCUCGUUGUUGCGUGUGGCAGCGAUCGCACUGUCCGGAUUUUCGGCCGAACGUUCCGAGUUGUGGCGAAAGCAGUGCGGCGCGGCCCGUACCCAGAUUGAUGAUCCGUAUCUGAGGUGUAUGUUUUCGUUUCUAGCGUACGAAAAGGAUGGGUUCGAAACGGUCACGAAUGAAACACAAAUUUCACUUAGCGAUCGUAUGGCGUUUGCCUGCAAUUUUUUGUCCGAUGUGAAGCUUGCCGAGUACACGAAGGGUAUGGUGGCAAAUUGUAUUGAAACGGGAGAUUUGAAUGGGUUGCUGUUGACGGGAGCAACGAACGAUGGCAUUAGCUUGCUGCAGAGUCAUCUAGAUCGGACGGAAGAUGUCCAAACAGUGGCUCUAAUUGCGGCAAGGUUUCUUACUUCGGAGCUGCUGUCGAAUUACCGUGUACAGUACUGGAUUGCAACGUACCGGGAUAUGUUGGAUGUUUGGGGCUUGUGGGAGCAAAGGUCCCAGUUGGACAUUACACUUGGUAGCAUUCGAUCACCACCCCGAAGCUCCAGGUCCGUUUUCCUGCUCUGUAACUUUUGUGGCAAGAAUGUUUCGAUGGCACUUCAGGAGGAUGCUCGAUUGCGAGGAAAUGCCACCACAAUGCACAAACUAUCCUCCUGUCCGCAUUGUCGUAAACCACUGCCUCGCUGUGCACUGUGUCUACUGCACAUGGGCACAACGAUGGGUGCCAUAUCGCAGAGCCAAGCCAUACACGGUCAGAUCGGAUGGCAAUCGAAACCAUUUUCGAAAUGGUUCAGUUGGUGUCAAACUUGCCGCCAUGGAGGACACACCGAACAUCUGACGGAAUGGUUCAACCAAAAUACGGAAUGUCCGGUUACGUCUUGCAACUGCAAAUGCUUUGCCAAAGAUCUGCCAAUGCCACAGUUUCCACGGGAUAAGGAUAGCGUUUCCUGACACCAGCUGUCCACGUUGUUCUA